UGGUUGGGAGUAUGUGCUCGGGUCGGGUUCGUUUUCUCAGGGGCGGAUCUACAGCUAGUUCGGGGGUUCCCAGGAACCCGUUCGGUUCGUAAUUAUAGUGUUAAAUUAUAUAGAAAACUGUGAAGGAACCCUUUAAUAUUGUUUAGAGGAACCUUAUAAACGAAUCUAUAGAUGGUCUACCGGUAAACAUGCGCGCUUGUUACACAAGAGCAACGAAUUGGGCAUUAGGGUUUAGUUGUCGCGCUUUCUCUGUUUACCCUCAAACCCAAACCACACACAUAGAACAGAACGCGCUACCAGCAGCCUGCCGCCUCGCCGGACCCACUCCCUCAUCCACACCAUUCUCCAAUUCUGCUGAAUUCUUUCAUGGCGCGGCACAUAUGGUGCGCUGGGCCGGGCGGCUUCAGCGCCUAGGUGGCGCCUUUGACAACAUAGAGUGAAUCAUUUGCGUUUUUCAUUAACAUGACAACAUGAAUACAGUUUGUGACCAUGUUUCUUGCUUCUUUUGUUGUUAGCAUUCGAUGCGUAUGAGUAGUGAAUCUCAUUGUCCGCUACAAUACUAAUGUGAAAAAGAUAAUAAAGUUGCCACUAGUUUUACCGGUUUUCAAGCAGCUGAAGAUUUGAAUUUGACUUUGAUAUCCGGAUUUCGCUUCUCAUAAAUCUAUGGCAGGUCUUGAAGAUUCGUUUCUGGCAGAUCUCGAGGAUCUUUCUGACAAUGAUAACGAGAAUUUGGAUGAAGACACUGGGGAUGCAGAGCACAUGGAAGAAGAUGAUAACGGAGACUUGGCCGAUAUAGAAGCUCUCAAUUAUGAUGACCUCGACAGUGUCUCCAAGUUACAGAGGACACAACGAUAUACAGAUAUUAUGAAGAAAGUUGAGGAUGCACUUGAGAAAGGGUCAGACAUGUCAAACCAAGGCAUGGUUUUGGAAGACGAUCCGGAAUACCAACUAAUUGUGGACUGUAACACAUUGUCUGUUGACAUCGAAAACGAAAUCGUUAUCAUCCACAAUUUCAUUCGCGAUAAAUACCGUCUAAAGUUUCCCGAACUCGAGUCUCUUGUUCACCACCCGAUUGAUUAUGCACGUGUGGUCAAAAAGAUCGGGAAUGAAGUUGACUUAACCCUAGUGGAUUUAGAAGGUCUGUUACCAUCAGCCGUUAUCAUGGUUGUUUCGGUUACCGCAUCAACCACCAGUGGCAAACCGCUUCCGCAGGAUGUCCUACAGAAGACCAUCGAAGCAUGUGACCGUGCACUCACACUUGACGAAUCAAAAAAGAAGGUUCUAGAUUUCGUUGAAAGUCGAAUGGGCUAUAUUGCACCAAAUCUAUCCGCAAUCGUCGGUAGUGCGGUUGCUGCAAAACUCAUGGGGACAGCUGGCGGACUGACAGCGCUUGCAAAGAUGCCAGCUUGUAAUGUUCAGCUUCUAGGCGCCAAAAAGAAAAAUUUAGCUGGUUUUUCCACUGCAACGUCCCAGUUUCGUGUCGGUUACAUUGAGCAAACAGAGGUUUUUCAAACUACACCACCUGCUCUCAAGAUGCGUGCGUGUCGUCUUGUGGCGGCAAAGUCAACUCUUGCGGCACGUGUUGACUCGAUCAGAGGUGAUCCAUCUGGCAAACAAGGAAGAGCAUAUCGUGAAGAAAUUCGUAAGAAGAUUGAAAAAUGGCAAGAACCACCCCCCGCAAAGCAACCUAAACCACUUCCGGUCCCUGAUUCUGAACCUAAGAAGAAACGAGGUGGUCGCCGCCUUAGGAAAAUGAAGGAAAGAUAUGCUAUUACCGAUAUGCGGAAACUGGCCAACAGAAUGCAGUUUGGAGUGCCUGAAGAAAGUUCAUUGGGGGAUGGGUUAGGAGAAGGAUAUGGUAUGCUUGGUCAAGCUGGAAACGGGAAGUUGCGUGUGUCGGUUGGUCAAAGCAAGCUUGCUGCCAAAGUCGCCAAAAAGUUCAAGGAUAAACAAUAUAGUAGUGGUGGGGCUACUUCUGGGCUGACUUCAAGUUUGGCCUUCACACCUGUCCAGGGGAUUGAUUUGAUAGAUCCGCAGGCAGAUGCCAAUAGACUUGGUAGUGGAACUCAGAGCACGUAUUUCUCAGAAACAGGAACGUUUUCAAAGAUCACGAGGACCUGAUCCCAACCUAGACGCUAUUGCACCAUGUUUUUCGGACAGUUUCGUGUCGUAUAAUGUUAAAUUUUGAAUCUGAUAGUUAUCGAGAAAAAGGUGAAAUUUGUGUUGUAUUUUAUUUUAGACUUGGAAAACGGGCGGGGUGAGUGAUAAUUUGGGUCAAUACAGUCAAAACAUGCCUGUUU